AUGGCUAAAGAAAGUACGGGAUUCAAAGCAGGCUCUGCAAAGAAAGGUGCAACAUUGUUCAAAACGAGGUGUCAACAGUGUCAUACAAUAGAAGAAGGUGGUCCCAACAAGGUGGGACCUAAUCUACACGGUAUAUUUGGUAGACAUUCAGGCCAAGUGAAGGGCUAUUCUUACACAGAUGCAAACAUUAACAAGAAUGUCAAGUGGGAUGAGGAUAGUAUGUCAGAGUACUUAACCAACCCAAAGAAGUAUAUUCCUGGUACUAAGAUGGCCUUUGCCGGGUUGAAGAAGGAAAAAGACAGAAACGAUUUGAUUACUUAUAUGACCAAAGCCGCCAAAUAG